UACCCACAUCCUCAUAUUAAGCAUACACAAUACUAAGAAUCUAGAUAUCUGACACCGAUCCUCACCGAUCGUGUGAAUCCUACGGUAAACCCACCGCGGCAACUCAUCCCUUAAUCUGCCACCCGCAGUGUGUGUGGAUCCCACCUCAAACAAGCUUAAGUAUUAGCACCGUGACGAAACACCAGAACACUUCUAGACCGGGAGAUGGGCUCCACCCCCUGUUUGAGAUGAAGUGAUUUACGUAUAAUGUUGUUGAUAUAGGUUGAAUGAUGCAAUCAUGCAGACCAAGUCCCUCCUCACCAUCCUCCUCAGCGCCGCUCUGGCUGCUGCUACUGUUGACCCGGCCACUUCCAACACCAAGGGCAAGUGUCCUGGUACUUACAACUGCUCUGCUGCCAAAACCUCCACCGCCAUCCAGGCAGCUGAGUGCUCCCACAACACCCGUACUUCUGAAACCCAAACCUUCGCCGUCUUCGUCACCGACCACCAGUACGACUCCUCCUACGGCGCUCCCUACGGCACCUGCAAGGCGUACACUUGCACCGCGCCGACGGACAGCGAGAUGACCGAUUCGGAUGAUGACUGCUGGACUUUCUUCUGGAACGACAACGGCGAGUCCUCUGGCUCUGGAACCGGAUGCAUUCGCAGCCCUGAUGAUGGAACUUGUGGAUGCGAGAACUCUGAUGGAACUUUUGUUUAUGGGGGAACGGAUUGCUCUUAACUUGACUACAACUUUCUCAUUGAGGGUUGAGUAGUGGGUUACUACUUACUGGGAAGUAGUAUGUGUAUUGAUUUGCGGGUUCUAAAUCAUUGCAUUAUAGAAUA